AGAUUCAGACAUCUGUUCCGAGCCGAGAGGCGAGCAGAGGCAUCGUCUCAGCCUUGUUCACCGUAACAUUGCUUUAUGAGAGACUGGAUUGACAAACAACGCCUGCUGUACGGUGAAGAUAGAUUAUAUAGACGUAUUUGCAAUAAUAGUUGGUUAGUUUUGUAUUUUGCAGGGUGCUUCAGCUCGUCACAAUGACAGCCCUGUCGCUGCUUUUGAUGGCCGUGUCGGCCGCAUCUGUACUGGCAGAGUCCACUGUGUAUUGGCGAGAGCAAUUUGAAGAUGGGGAUGCCUGGAAGAGUCGCUGGGUGGAAUCCAAGCACAAGUCAGACUACGGCAAGUUUGUCCUGACUGCAGGGAAGUUCUAUGGAGAUGCAGAGAAAGACAAAGGUCUGCAGACGAGCCAGGACGCCCGCUUCUACGCCUCGUCAUCCCGUUUUGAUGACUUCAGCAACCAGGGCCAGCCUCUAGUCAUCCAGUUCACUGUGAAACACGAGCAGAGCAUUGACUGUGGUGGAGGCUACAUUAAACUGUUCCCCUCUGACCUCAACCAAGAGGACAUGCAUGGAGACUCCGUCUACAACAUCAUGUUUGGUCCUGAUAUUUGUGGCCCUGGCACAAAGAAGGUUCAUGUCAUCUUCAACUACAAAGGCAAGAACCAUCUGAUUAACAAGGACAUCAGAUGCAAGGAUGAUGAGUACACCCACCUGUACACACUGAUUGUCAACCCUGACAACACUUAUGAGGUCAAGAUCGACAAUAAGAAGGUCGAGUCCGGCAAUCUGGAGGAUGACUGGGACUUCCUGCCUCCUAAAAAAAUUAAGGACCCUGAAGCCAAAAAGCCAGAGGACUGGGAUGACAGGGAGAAGAUUCCCGACCCUGACGAUAAGAAACCAGAGGACUGGGACAAGCCUGAGAACAUCCCAGAUCCUGAUGCUAAGAAGCCUGAUGACUGGGAUGAGGAGAUGGACGGAGAGUGGGAACCGCCUAUGGUCGCUAACCCUGACUACAAGGGUGAGUGGAAGCCGAGAGAGAUCAACAAUCCCGCCUACAAAGGCAAGUGGGUCCACCCUGAGAUUGACAACCCGGAGUACACAGCCGAUUCUGAGAUCUAUAAAUACGACAGCUUCGGCGUGAUUGGACUCGACUUGUGGCAGGUCAAGUCUGGUACUAUCUUUGAUAACUUCCUGAUCACCAAUGACCCAAACAUGGCAGAGGAAGUAGGAAACGACACAUGGGGUAAAACUAAGGACUCAGAGAAGAUGAUGAAGGAAAGCCAAGAGGAGGAGGAGAGAAAGAAACGUGAGGAGGAGGACAAGAUGAGGAGAGAAGAGGCAAAGGAGGAAGACGAGGAGGAAGAGGAGAAAGACGAGGAGGAGGAAGAUGAAGAGGAGGAGGAGGAGGAGGAGGGGGAAGAGCAGGAGGAGGAGGAAGAAGAGGACGACGAAGGCACAGACUCUAAACUAAAGGAUGAGUUAUAAACUCCAUGCAGGAACUGCUCAGAAAAUAACCUGACUGUCUGUGUCAAUGAGCCAUUGGAAAAAGGCUGGAGACUGCGAUGAUAGACCCUCAUGAUUGACACCCUGGGGAGGGGGUUGGGUGGGUUGGGGUUUUUAAUUUUUUUGUUUACAAAGCAAGGGAGUAGGUGGAAAAAGGGCAAUUAUUGUUCAGUUUCCUCUUUCCAUGUGCUACUACUACUACUACUACUACUAUUAUUAUUAUUAUUAUUAUUAUUAUUAUUAUUAUUAUUAUUAAAACGAGGAAUAGUGAUAGACAAAAUGAAGAUGUCAUAAUGAAUGUCAGGACAGGAAAUCAUAAAACGAAAUUGUUUCGCAGUUUAUACCCAACAGAAAUAUAUAAAUUGUCAUUUGUGUUCUGCAAAAAUCUGGGUUUUUAUGAAGUAUAAUGUUGUGGUGACAUGAAAAGCUAUAUUUGGUAUGUGGAUGAUACAUUGAAAACUGUCUUGUUAUCAUGUGUUUUGUUUGUCUUAGUUAAUCUGCAUCAUGUUUUUUUGUUUUGUUUUUGGUGAUCAUGUCACUCACAGAUCCCCUCAUGAGACCCUUUUUAAAAGCUACGUCAAAUCUCAAAGGAUUCGACAGGGUUAGACAUCAUUAUGUAGGGUAUCUUGCCUGCUCUUAUUUAAAACUCUCUGAUUCAAACAAGGGUUAAUGGCAUUGGAACAAGAGUGCAUCAGCACUGACAUCACAUUUGAUAACCCGUUCAAAAAAGCCAUUGUAAUACGGGGUGCUUCAUGGUGAAAUCCCUUGCAUAGUUUUGUACUGUAUAGUUGACACCUUUUCACUUCAGUGCACAUAUAGUAGUCUUGUGUGUCUAAAUAAACUGUGCUCAAACUCAGAUCAAGAGCACUACAGUAGCAGGAAAGCUUCCAUUCAUUUGGUACACGUUCACUUUAGAUUUACUCGUAGUUGGUGUACACAACCAGUUUCCUCAUUUCUGAUGCUAAUAUCUCUGCACUGCUGUACCCCAACACCCUGUCCCAAACAGUCUGAAAGAUGAUCCUUUUGUAAAAGACACAUUUUGUACUAAUGGUAAUAAUUGAAGUGGGAAGAUUUUCAUGUUGCUGUGUAAAACAAACAGGCAGGUCUUCUGUCCAAUAAAAACAGAAAUGAGAGCAGA